ACUUUUUCUUGCUUCUCGAACGGGACGGUACCUGUAUAUUGACGGUCUACGCUAAAGUUGUGUAUCAUCGCUAAUCCUUAUCCAUUCCUGCCCCAUACCCUUCUCCCUAAGUGAUACGGCGUGAGAAGACGAAGGCAUCGGUUCCGGUGAGUGAUUGCAUGAUAUUUUGUUAAAAUAGUACACACGGCGCCGCGAAUCGCGGCACAUGUUCGACGCGCACCUCGUGCUGGUUUCCGUAGCCCUAGGCUGCCACGAGGUCGCUGGGUUCGAAUCGAACAAUUUCUGGUAGCAGAGCGUGGUUAGAUUUGUGAAAUCUAUAUAAAUUACCACGAAGUAAAAAUUUUUACGUCUAACCUCACUUAAUUUUGUUACUAGUCAGCAGAAGUAGUGUAGGCAUAGGGUUCGGUUCUGUUUAAACUAUCAUUCUGCUGACCUAGGUCAGGUCGUUUAGUGUGUUUCUAUCCACCUGGUUAAGAAAAUUAGUGAGUAGUAAUAGUUAGUAAUAGUAAGACUGAUUUAUUAGCUUCCACUGCGCAUAGCUGACUAAUUGUACGUGAGUUGGACAGCUGUGCUGGCUGAGUUUAUGACCUAGCACACAGCUGCUACAGUGGUCAGCUAUUUUCAUACUAUUACUACAGAUUUAUGUUAAUUCUGCUCAUCAUAGCAGUAGAUUACCACAUCUAUUUAAGCAUAGUUGUGUGUAACAAUCUGAAUGUUAUUACAGUUUGGGUUUAUAAUUUAUUAUUAAUUUGUGUAUGAUUGUAGCUCACUUCCUACUUAUAUUUUAGUAUAAUUGAGCUGCAACACAUUUGUAAUUGAAUAUAACUGGAGUACUUGUUGAACUUGUAGUAGUAGAUUGCUGGUUGGGCCCUGUUUGGAGACUAGCUUAGUUAUAGUCCAGAGGCCAACGGUGUAUGAGUGUCAUUUCAAAACUUAUACCAGCAAUUUGCUAUUAUAUAUAUUUUUUGUUAUUUGUUUUAAUUUGUUCUAAAUUUAAAUUACUUGUUUGAAUUUGUGGUAGUGGAUUGCUGACUGUGGGCCCUGCUUGGUGACUGGCUUUGGUAUAGUCCUGAGGCCAUCAGUGUUUGAAAAUUAAUUCACAAAUUUUUAUCAGCAAUUUGCUAUCAUAUAAUUAAUUUUUAAUUUUAAUUUUGUUAUUUGACUUACCCGUUGAACAGUGUGAAUACUUUGUGAUAGUAAAUUGUUGAUUGGGUCCUGCUUGGUGACUAGCUUCUAGUUAUAGUCUAGAGGCCAGGUGCGCUUGAGUUUAGUUGCAACUCAAAACCUGGUAUCAGCAAUUUUCUAUCUUAUAACUUUUAAUUUUAAGUUUGUUCUUAUUUGUUGGGGUGUCCUUGGUACAGUGGUGAGGUCUAGGUUACCUAAAUACUUAGGAGUAGGAAUAUUUUGGUGGGCUCACUCGUACACUCCUUUAAAUAAUUCCUUUGAUUUUUUUUAAAUUUUGAUUUUGAAUUUUUUUUUUAUUUUUUUUUAUUUUUUUGACAUUUUUUUGAAUUUUUUUUGAAAUUUUUUUUGAUUUUUUUUUGUUCUGGUUGUAAACUGCAAGUAACAUGUCGGUGUCCUACAUUCGCGGGAAGGUGACUAGUGAGCUCCGAUGGUUCGCAUCAGCUCAUGCUUUGGUUGACAGAACGGAUAGGGAUGCAGCAUUGCUCGAUAGGGCGUCUCAGGUGCACGAACGGUUGGAGGUAGUGUACGAUCGGUUGUCUGACCUCGUUGCUUUGGGGUCCGAAGUGGAGAAGGAGGUGAUCCAUGCCAUCGGUCUUGACGUGGACCAGUGUCAGGAGUACGCUGAUGCCAUUCUGCAACGGGUGGCCGAUAUUAAGAAGCAGUCGUCUUCCGGUGGUAAUGGAGGUUCGGGAACUUCGUCAGGCGUCAUAUCACGCCUCCCCUCCAUUGACCUGCCGAUCUUCCACGGUGAUCUGAACGAGUGGGUCGGCUUUAUAAAUUUGUUUGACAGCCUGGUCCAUGGUCGGUCGGACUUGACUGCCUCUUAUAAGAUGGCUCAGCUUCGGGGUGCUCUGCGAGGUGAACCUGGUGAAUUGGUGGCACACUUGCCUAUCACCAACGACAAUUAUGCGGUCGCACGCCAGAUCCUGUUCGACCGAUAUCAAAAUCAACGACGGUUGGUGGACGCUCAGCUGGCCAGGCUGUUUGCGAUACCCAAACUUUCUCGGGCUUCCGAUAUCAGAGCCGAGGUACUGAAUCCAGUUACGGUGGCCACUAAGGCCUUGGGCAAUUUGGGUCUACCAGUAGACCAAUGGUCAUAUCUGCUCUUUUAUAUUGUUGCAGGUAGGCUGCCGGUUGAGGUGCUCACUCGAUUCGAGCAGCAGGACAACGCAGGCAGUGAAAGUCCGACGAGCGCCGUGGGGGCGGAGGCGCCGCGGGAGCUCCCUAAUGAACUCUCCGCGCCUUAUGAAGUCCCGCAGUUUCCAAUCGAACAAAUCGAGAAGAAACUACUCAUACAGAGGCAGCUGAAUGUUAAGGCGGCGGAAUGCGCUCAGUCUGUGCGUUCAUUCGCGGGCAGCGAAGCAGGCGCGGCAGCCGUGUUUGAAGAGGCGGCUCGGCUCAGGGUCCCCGAUGAUGACGAUGACGAGAUCAUCUUGCCGCACUUCCAGCGUGUCGCUAUCAGCGGCGAGGAUACUUCCGGGGUACCACUGGAAGAUCUUCAACAAGCGUCCUCGUACCUGGUGCAGGCUCUGGAAAUGCGCAAGCGUUACAUGGAGAUGUCCCAGCAGAGCUUCUCGCCCAUUACGGCGCGCUUCAUCAGGAGCAUGGACGCGGAUGCCGUAGCCAACCACGUACCCGUUAAAGUACCCAACAAACAUAUUGCGGACCAUAUAGUCCACCCUCCAUUCAGAGACAAGGAUCCGUGGGAAUGUCCUAUGCCGGAGCCCAAGGGCUACAGCAUACGACUAAACAGGGGCGUGUUCAACAUGUACCGCCAAGGACCGAACGGAGAGGAGCGACUGCCCUACGAAUACAUCACACUGGCGCAAUACAUCCAGGACAUGAAUACAAUGUGCAACAUGAUCGCCGAUGGUCCUCUAAAGUCCUUUUGCUACCGUCGCCUCAGCUACCUAUCGUCCAAGUUCCAGCUCCACGUUCUGCUGAACGAGCUCAGGGAACUAGCUUCCCAGAAGGCAGUUCCUCAUAGAGACUUCUACAAUAUCAGGAAGGUGGAUACGCACAUCCACGCGGCGUCUUGCAUGAACCAGAAACACUUACUGCGGUUCAUUAAGAAGACAUUGAAGACGCAUGCGGACGAGGUGGUGACCCUCCACAAAGGCACACCUAUGACCCUGAGGUCUGUGUUCCAAUCCAUGAACCUGAGCACCUACGACCUCACCGUGGAUAUGCUGGACGUGCACGCGGACCGGAACACGUUCCAUCGCUUCGACAAGUUCAACGCGAAGUACAACCCAAUCGGGGAGAGCAGACUCCGCGAGGUGUUCCUCAAGACCGACAACUACAUGAACGGAAAGUACUUCGCCAGGAUCAUUAAGGAGGUGGCGUCGGACCUGGAGGAGAGCAAGUACCAGAACGCGGAGCUGCGGCUGUCGGUGUACGGCAAGAGUCCCGGCGAGUGGGCCAAGCUCGCCAAGUGGGCCAUCCAGUACGACGUGCACUCCAACAACGUGCGCUGGCUCAUACAGAUACCCCGCCUCUACGACAUCUUCAAAUCCAACAAAAUAAUGAACGACUUCCACGAGUUCUUGAACAACAUCUUCCAGCCUCUCUUCGAAGUCACAAACGAUCCUAACAGCAACAUCGAGCUGCACAAGUUCCUCACACACGUGAUCGGGUUCGACAGCGUGGACGACGAGUCCAAGCCCGAGAACCCGAUGCUGGACACCGAAGUCAAAAGCCCCGAAGAGUGGGACGACGAGGAGAACCCUCCGUACGCGUACUACCUCUACUACAUGUACGCCAACAUGACUGUACUGAACCAUUUCCGCAAGGAGCAAGGUCUGAACACGUUCGUCCUGCGUCCUCACUGCGGAGAGGCGGGUCCUGUACAGCAUCUCGUCUGCGGCCUCCUGCUCGCCGAGAACAUCUCCCACGGCCUCCUACUCAGGAAGGUACCAGUCCUGCAGUACCUGUACUACCUCGCCCAGAUCUACAUCGCGAUGUCUCCGCUCAGCAACAACUCGCUGUUCCUCAACUACCACAGGAACCCGCUGCCGGAGUUCUUAGCUCGAGGGCUCUGCAUCACUCUCAGUACUGACGACCCCCUGCAGUUUCACUUCACCAAGGAGCCGCUGAUGGAAGAAUACAGUAUCGCAGCGCAAGUGUGGAAGCUCAGUUCAUGCGACAUGUGUGAAUUGGCAAGGAAUUCGGUGCUCAUGUCCGGAUUCCCGCACGAGAUGAAGCAGUACUGGUUAGGGCCCAACUAUACCAAGGAAGGUGUGGCCGGUAAUGACAUAACUCGAACCAACGUACCCGAUAUCCGCAUUUCGUUCCGUCACGAGACCAUCCUCGAUGAGCUGACCAACAUAUUCAAGGAUGGUAUGUCUACUCAGAGAUAAACUACACCCACGUUCAAGACAGUGGUUGCUACUAAAUAUAUAAUAUACUUUAUUAACAAAUAAAUGGAUUGUAAUUUAAAAUUUAGCCCCAAUACCGUGUAUUUAGGUUAAGAUCCAUUGUGAUAAAUGAAAAACGAAAGAUUGAAAGUGCCAUUUCGUUGUUAAUGCUGAGUCUCUUUGAUAUAAUGAACUUGUAGAUUCACAUACCCAUAACGUUUAUUGAACGGUUCAGUGAAAGCUUUUAUACUUUUACAUAUUGAUGAUUGAAUCUAAUUAUUAACAGUUUCAACGCAUUCCCUUGUUGUUGUGGAGCCAAGCGCUUUACAAGUAACAACCUGAUGAACUUACCAUUUCAAUCAUGAACUAAUUUAUACAAACGUGAAUCAUGCGAUAAAAUUAUAAUGUAAUAUAUUUAAUAAAAAAGGGAAUAUUAAAAAUGUAAUCAUGAUUUAUCUAAAUACAUAUAUUUAUUUGAAAUCGUCAAGUUAUUUGAUGGCGUAAAAUUGGCACUAUCAACCUACAUUUUUAUACGUCUAUUGGCUUUAUAAUAAUAUAAGAUUCCUAAAUAUUAUCAAGAUUAAUUUCCAUAUACACGAAUUAAGGUAAAUUGAUUUUAUAUUGCUUUAGCUCUGUUGAGAAUUUUUUUUUUAAUGGAGUAAAUACAUACGUAUGUAUUUGUGUCGUGUGUGAAUGAAAAACAAUACUAGGCUCGCUACAUGGAUGUUAUUCUUGUACUCGCACAGAAGAUAUUUCAUUAUGAAACUUUCAGUUCAAGAUAAGGCACCCAUGACAGUUCUGUUUUCGUGAAAUUGAUACGUACGUGACGUGCAGUGUGUUCACGAAUGAUCCCGAUUGAGAAUUUGUCAGUAAGAAAUUUGCUGUUAAAUGGCAGGAACGAUUUGCCCGUGUAACCUAACUAAUAGAUAAAUAAUUACAAUAAGUAAUCCUCAUAUUAUCCAUACGUAAAGAAGUAUAACAUCUAUCGCGUUGCUUAGUGUAUUUGAUUGAUUAAUAAAUUAACGCUGUUUUUAAUUUUACUCAUCCUCACAUUUUGCUAUUAGAAUCAGACCUAUUGAAAUCUGUAGGCGGUACAAACCAACUAUAUACAUUACAUAGGUAAGGUACAGUAACAGGGAUUCAUGUCAUAUUCCCUCAUACUUCCCAUAAAUUUGUGCAAAAUUGAACCACGUGCAACCUGAUCGAAUUGUUAGGAAAGAUUUAAGUAUAGAUGCUGACUAGUUCUGUUAUUACGAUACAAACUAUGGAAACUAGAGAUAGCCAGGGUUGCAAAUGAAAAUGCAACGGACUGGUAAGAAGAUAUUGCAGUACCGUAAUAUUUUACUAGCGCCAAUAAACCCUUUCAAAAUUUGUAAAUUGAAGAGGAAAUAGUAUCGUAGGAUGCCGUUUUCUAAUUAUUGUUUUUCUUGCUUUACCAAUUUCUCAUUUUUCAAUAGAAAAAUCUUGACAUCUUCCUGAUAGCCUUAGAUAGCAGUAAAUUAUCUUGUUUCGAUUUCCACCCUGUAAAAUAUGAAUUAAUAUGUUUUACCCUCAUCCCUUUGUGUCUACCCUCUAAAUGUUGAGAGAUGUAGCCUCCUAACUAUAAGCUAGUUUGUAUCGUCCUUAACGAUCGUGGUCUCCUCCUAACACAGUCGUAGUGUAAAUAUUCACAUCUAUUAGUAAUUCUGCAUUCUGCCCUUGCGCAUUUAUUGUCUUUUUCGCUAAUGUCUGAAGUGAAACUUUGGCGAAAGAGACAAAAUGCGGUCCAAUAGUUCCGGGGUACCACGUUCGAUAAGGCCAUAUGUGUCUACUAUUGUGUAUUGCUUGAUUGUGAUUUUGUUAACGUGUACGUCAGUUUGGCGGGUGUAAUGUGUGUGAUCGGGAGUUGCUUACUGUUAUUUUGUUUUGAAAUAAAACUGUAUGCAAAAUGAAAGGGCCUUAAAGUCGGUUAUUGUCGGUGUAUCUAUGUCGAUUAACUUGACAUAUUAUUACACGGGUAUGUAUAUGUGAGAUUAUAGGGCUAAAAGUAGUGGAUUUUAACUUUGACACCAAAACCUACUAUUUAAAAAAAAAAACUUAUCACAUUGACAACCGAUAAUUGACAUUGACAUUCAUAUUCUUUUAAAGCAAACCUAGUGUGCCAGUGUGAACUGACUAAAACUGUACAAAUAAGAUGUAAAUACCGAUCUUUCCACAUGUAUAAUAUUGAUUCUAGUACCAAAACAUUUGCGCGAUCAAAGUUGCUGCAGUCUUUAUUACCUAAGAACAUUCCCCGUGAAACUCUUAACGUUCGGACCUAAGCUUCGCAUCACUAAAGGACCAGUUAACAAUAAUCAUUUGCAUCCGCGUCAUUACAAAUGGUCCACAGAUUACACUCGUCAUUCCGGCUAAACAUAACUACUCUGUCGUCCUUAAUAUUGAAAAUUUUCAAAUAUUAAAGGUAAAAAAAGCAGAAUUUUGCUUUGUAUUCGUAUAACUCGUGUUCAAUAUAGAAGCAAAUACCAUACUCCGCGCAUAUGACUUUAAUUCAUAUAAAAGAAAAUAACAGAGCCAAUAUAAUGACACUGUUAACAAUCUGGACGCCGAUUUGCCUUUGGGUUUCAAGCUCAUCCAUCAGAUAGUUUAAUCUGAGUAAAGAGUACCUCCAUUGUAAAUUAUUUAACCUUCAAUAUUUGGAUAAUUUCAAUUAUUUAGUACUUAAGUUGUCAUUGUUGACGCUACACUACAUACAUAAUAAAACUGUCGCAAAACAGUUUGUUUGUUUAUGAUAAUUUUUUAAUCUUUAAUAAUCAUGUUUAUCUUAUUGUUGGGAAUAAAAUUCGUAUAAUCGA